UUUUUUUUUUUUUCUUGGCAUCUUCUUUCUCUCUUUCUCUCUUUCUCUCUUUUCUUUCCAGUCACAAACGUUCGACGCUUUGGAAAAUCAACAAACGCCAUUUGAAGCCAAAUCCGCUGUUGCAAAGACCGACUCGACUGGUGCUUGUUGUCAAAUAUGACGCUCACGCAGCAGAACGCGCGUCGAAGCGCCUCGGACGCCGCACUCGACGGACCGAACGCGUGGAGCGCGCGCCUCAAGAAGCACUCGCUGGCUGGUGCUGUGGCUGCUGGCCCUGCUGUGAACGCGGCGCCGUGGUCGGGCGCAGGCGGCUUUGGCGAGUGGCUCGCAGACGUCGUCCUGCGCUGCUGCUGCUCGCCAACGGACGCCAUCGGACAGCCCACAGCGGGAACGAAGGAGACCAAGCCGACGAAGACAGUGAGCAAGACCGCAAAGCAGCAGCGAGCGUCUGCUUCGUCUGCCUCGGUGGCGGAACGUGUCAACGCAUUGCAGCAGCUCCACAAUGCAGUCCAAGUGCUCGCAGCGCUGCCGUUGAACGACGAUGCCAAUCAUCACAGCAAGCACAUUGUUGCCAAGACAGUGGAAUCGUCCUUGUCAGAGUCGUCAUCAUUGGCGGAGCCACCUCGCUCGUCCUCCAAUCUCGUCCUCGCAAGUCGCGACUCGGGCCUCGCCGCCAUCGCCGGUUUUCUGUGCAAGCAGCUUCAAGUCGAGUCGGACGAGCGAGUGCUUACUUUGCUUAUUGCGCUGCUUCCAUGCGUAGCCGUAGCCAUUGCCGACAACUCAAAGCAGCAGCAGCAGCACCAAACCGAUGAUGCGAUGGACACCUCCUCCGAAGGAACGUCGCCCAUUGCUCCAUCGACAAGAGAGGCAUGCUUCCGCGCGCUGCUUGAUUGCGCAGCAACGCAGCAUGCAGCUGAUCAGCACGAAUUGGCGUCAAGCCAAGCAACGUCGUCGUCGUCGUCAUCACGAGAGCCAAUGCACAUGAAAGGAAGCACGCCGAGACCGUCUGCCGCCGUCAAGGUGGCACUGCUGAAGGCUCUGGUCGCGAUUUUCCCGCCGAAUUCAACCUCACCGACGGACACACAACUGGAUGAAGCCUUGGAAUGGGCCUUGCUCUGGAUCAACUCACGUCACCACCUUGUUCGCCGACACGCAUUGCUCGUCCUUGCUCACCUCCAUCCCAUCAGUGACGCAAAGGACGCCACCCCACAGCGUCUGUGCCACUUUUUUUUAACCGACGACGAUCCACGCGUGCGCGCCUGCGCUAUGCAGUGCCUCAUCUUGCUUCAUGGUCGAGGCGCUGCCCUUUCGUUGAUGUUGUACCCUUCGGUGUGUAGCUUGCUCGUGGACGACGAUGAAGGUGUUCGCGAAAAUGCCGUUCGACUGAUUGCAGUGCUUGGCCGAGCGUUCGUCAAUGCUGCCAUUCCGGCCAGUCAGUCCCUGUUGCUACACGGCGCUUCCAAUGCAGGCGCCGCUUCCCACGACUCUGAUUCGCAAGAGCAGCCAACAGUGCGCUUUGCGGAUGACGUGUUUGCUCGCCUUGGAAACAUGGUGAACGAUGCCAGCAUGAAGGUGCGCGCGUGUGCGUGUGCCCUGCUCGGCGAGUGUCGCAACGUGACAUCCACCCUGUUGUUGCAAACCUUUGACAAGAAGCUGAUGGCCCAUCAGAAAUCCAAGGGCAGCUUGCGCUCUGAGCUGUCCAAAACUAAGAAAACCGGGUCAAAGCGCAAAGCCGCCAUUGCAGCAUAUGCCGCCGAGCGAGAGGCCGAGCAUGAAGCCAAGCGUCAAGGCCAGCGGAGAAUGCGCGCGCCUCGCGAUCAUAGCGGGGCUUGGAAUUCCAACGCCCCUGCAGCAAACUCGGCGUCAGUGCCGCACGUUGCUGCAGCAGCAGCAGCUGCUGCUGCUGCUGCUGGCGUUCCCGCCAAUUCGGUGGCAGAUGGCCAUCCCAAAGAAGAAGCAGGCUUGGUCGACCCGACCGACAUUCGCCUCGUCGAUAGCGGCGCGUGCGGCGCAUUUGUCCAUGCGCUCGAGGACGAGUUUUUGGAAGUGCGGUCGGCCGCUGUGAUGGCGAUUUGUGCCUUGGCUGUGUCUGCACAGGCCUCGCAAGUCGGCAAGUCGGAUGGGACACGCGAAGAUGAGAACGAUGCCAACGAGGAGGAGGACGAGUCGGAGGAGGAGGAGGAGGAGGAAGAUGCCGAAACGGAAUUCAGCACCGCCUCCUCGACCUUCAACUCGACCAAGGGAGGUGUGCGACAGACGUCGACCAUUGCGGUGCGCAAUCUGUUUGCACACGCGGCGGUCGACUUUCUUGUGGACAUGGUCAAUGACGAAAUUGACACGGUGCGUUUGGGUGCCAUCUCAAGUCUGCAUCGGUUGAGUGGCACAGUGGUGCUCGGAGAAACGCAACUCGAGGCUGUGCUUGGUGUUCUUCACGAUGCAUCGCCAGUGGUGCGCGCUGCAGUGCACAAUCUGGUUGCGUGCACGCUUGUGGCUGACGCCGCCUGUGUGUUGAUGGUCGUCACCAGCUUGAUUGCCAAUCUCAAGCGACACAGCGAGACGGAUCGCCACACCAUUUGGAAGUGUCUCGCGGCUGUUGGACGGUCGCACGCUGCGCUGGCGGAGCCGCUGGUGCCGGGUUUGCUUCGCAUGGAUCCCAGCUUUGCCACCGCCGAGCCUGUGAUUGAUGAUCCGGCGUACGUGUCCGUGUUGGCGUUCAUUUCGAAUGCCGCCAUGAGCCAAAUCAACGGCGCGUCCUCGUCUGGCGCAGUUCUCGACAUGCUGCCGCACCACACUCGGCGUCACUGCGACUUUCUUUCGGCAACCCAUGGCGAUGCGCUCUUCCCGCGCUUGCCCAAUGACUUGACGUGCAGCAUUUCUGUGGUGGACCAGGCCUUGCGUGCACCGCGAGAAGAUGCCUUUUCGAAAGCAACCUCGUCGAUUUGGUUUGGCGCGACCGCCAAGUCUACCCGAAUUGGCAACUCUGAGCCUGUGGCUCUCGGGGCAUGGCCCUUGGCCGGACCGCUCUCCUUGCUGAUUCGUGUGGGCAGCAGCCAGGAUCGCCGAUUGCAGCAAGGCAACCUACAGAUGUGUGCCACGCAGCUGGCAGCAAUUGUUCGGCGGGAGUCUGCGUGGACUGGCCAUGCGUGUUUGUUUCAGUCAGUCGUGGAUGCGUUGUUGUCGUUGACCAAGCUGGUCGGGCCAGACUCUCCAGCUGCGCCAGUAGCGUCAGCAGCAGCAGCCGCACCAGCCGUUCGCGAGGCUGUGGACGUUUCGUGGAAGCAACCACCUUCUGUCGUGAAGAAACCUGCUGGUCGCCCGAGCGUGGACACGCGCCAACGACAGGGACGUGGAUCUUUUGGCCGCUCCCUGCCGCUCGAGUCCAAGCAGGCUGAUGUCUCUGUGGGUGCUGCGCUCUCCGUUCUGUCGGCUGCUGACCAGCUGAGCUUGCGCUUCCAUGCGGACAACCAUGUCGAGGAGCACAUUUCAGUGGUGGCGUCGUUGCUGCGAGCGGCGGCGCUUGUGCACCUCUUCGUCACCACCGUGCUUGAGCGACUGUCUGCCUCCGGCUCUUCGCUCUCGAUUGUCGUCUCAGACCUCCAUGAUGGCCCAGCCGGUACCGUCCCGCACUGGGUGAUUGAUGCAACGUUCGCUUUGCUCGGAGAAAUCGUCGAUACUCUGAACCAAGCCCCGCUGCUCCAGUCAAAGUCGGUCGCUCGUGUUGUCGUUCUGAUUGAAAAGCAUACAGCUCCAUCGCAGUCUUCGUUCCCUCCACCGCCCGUUGGCAUCCUGCUUCGUAAUGUGGCCUCCGAGCUCGCAUCGAAACACGCCGUUGCGGAAUUGUGCACUGCCGUUUGGCAGUCCGUCGAGCAGCUGAGCAAGCACGUUCGUCACCAGCCAGCAACAGCCAUCGCCAGACGCACCGCUGCUCUGCUCUCCCCCGUGGAAAACACGCACGAGAGGCCGUUCGAGUUUAAUCCAGCGUUUCCGAUUGAACUGCCUGUGGUUGCUGAUGUCUCUCACGAUGCCCUGUCCUUUGGCAGAAUUGGCAUUCAGAUCACCUUCCCUGACGGAAGCUGCAAGCUACAUGUGCCGCUUGCGUCUGACUUUUCGCAGCAAUCCGGGUCGUCCGCGGGUCGGUUGUCAACGAGCCUAGCUUUUACCCAACCGGCCUGGUCUGAUCCUUUUGCAUUGAAAAUCCGCAUCGUCCGACUCCAUCCGAGCGAUGAACAAACCCUUGCGCGACGAGGCGCCUGUGUGGACUUGUUCCGCUUUGCUUUGUCCACGCACCACGCAGUCACGACAGGAGAGGAUGGGCUUUCUCUGUAUGCCAGUGGCGCGAGUGUCCUAUCACCGGUGACGCAGCUGACCGCGUCGAGUGCGACUCGACCGUCCUUGUAAAGCGAAAAAACCAAAGUUUGUAGAGUUGUUUCAAGUACGCCAAUACCAGCGGCGCAACUCAGCGAACUUUUUUGUUGUUAUGACGGUGUGAGUACUGUUAAAUACAAAUACACAUCGGUUUGAAAAAGAAA